CUUUCAGUUCCAUCCUGCGACUCGGAAGCGAAGCACGCGUCUCUUGAUUUAUGGUGCGCGGUCAUCAGUUCUGGCCAGACUCAGAUUCAGAUUCAGAUUCACUACUACCGAGUGCCAAGUGUUCCCCAGGCCUAAUGAGCCCAUUUGCGUGUUAAUGGCGAAUUAAUGACCGGCGAUUAAAAUGCAAUAAUCGCCUGCAUAGUACCCUACGAACGAGCCUCUACGGUUCGCUUACUUUCAAGUGAAACAGUGUCUGUCUAUAGAGUUCUGUGAUCCAAGGAGUUCCCUUAGAAAUAACAUAGACACUGUGCCCCGGGAAUGUUGUGGAAAACUUCAGCCGAAGAAGAUUAAAAAGGAAAAACAGUGCGAAAAAACGGAAAAUACGGAAAAAAGGAAACCCUCGCCGAAACAAGCAACACUUUCAUUGCUCCCAAGACAGAGCUUAGUUGAGAGUGCUUCCCGGGUCUAAUUUGACGGAAUCGUUAGUUGACCAGACCACGAAAUCUCCUACCAACCCCCCGCACCGUCACGUUUCGCAGGGGGAUCGCGUGCCGAGAGUACAACGAUAAUAACAAUAAACUUGCGGAUAACAACUACAGAAAUAGCAAUAUAAUGUCCGCCCGCCCGACAUCGUUGUCCCCGGCCACGGCAUCAUCCCUGCUCCCGGCCAGAGCCAAUUUCGGAUUACUCAACUGGCUCAUCAGUUGGCUGUUGCUGUCGAUGGCGCUGCUUAGAGGCUCCAGCGCUGCUAUUGCCCCCACGCCGCCCACUACCACGACCACCACCAUCUCGCCCUCGAAUCUGCUGCCCUACUUCGACUUUGACGUGCCGCGCAACUUGACCGUAACCGUCGGCCAGACCGGCUUCCUCCACUGCCGCGUGGAGCGGCUGGGCGAUAAGGACGUCUCCUGGAUACGAAAACGUGAUCUGCAUAUACUCACCGCCGGCGGCACAACCUACACAUCCGAUCAGCGUUUCCAGGUGCUGCGACCCGAUGGAUCGGCUAAUUGGACUCUACAAAUAAAGUAUCCCCAGCCCCGGGAUUCGGGUGUUUACGAGUGCCAAAUCAACACAGAGCCCAAGAUGUCCUUGUCGUACACCUUCAAUGUUGUGGAACUCAAGGCGGAAAUCUUUGGGCCCAGCGAUCUGAUGGUGAAGACUGGCAGCGACAUUAACCUAACCUGUAAAAUUAUGCAGGGACCCCAUGAGCUGGGCAACAUAUUCUGGUACAAAGGCAGCGAAAUGCUCGACGGCAAGGGCGAGAAUGAAAUCGACAGCUCCAUGGCACGCAUCCGCGUCGAGGAUGAUUGGUCGGACGGGCUGACUUCGAGAUUAAAAAUCAAGCACGCCAUGCCCGGCGAUACUGGCAACUACACCUGUGUGCCCACGGUGGCGAAAACCUCGAGCGUCUAUGUGCACGUAAUUAUUGGCGAACACCCGGCGGCCAUGCAACACAACUCGAGCAGCAACAGCAACAGCUUUUACUGCGGCAUCUGCUGCAUGCUGCUUAGCAUUGUCUCUUGCUGCCUGCAGCAGUGGUACGAAUCCGGGAGUGGAUAUGUCUCUACAACGGCGAACACAGGUACGGGCACGGGUACGCGACUCAAGUUCCCGCGGCGUACAGUGCUGAAAACAAGAGGAACACGAGGAGUCACGGCGCAAACGACAGCAGCAGCAGCAGCAGCAGCAGCAGCAGCAGCAGCAGCAGCAGCUGCAGUGACUGGAAACAUGUUGCGAGCACGCCCUGCGGCGGCUCAAUGCAUGAGAUGAAUGUUGAAUAAUCAACACGCCGAUGAGGCAAAACAGGAAUCAGCAGAGGAUUAUUAGGGCCAGCCCACAUACCCACACCACGCCCACAUUCAAGGUGAUUUCAGUUUGGGGUUUGUUGGCUCAUGAAAAAGUAUUUAUUAAUGUCUAAGGCGAUGAGUGCACGUAGUGGAAACGAAAAAACAUAUUAUCCGACGAUAUGUGACGUUAUAGCAACAUUCCAAGGGGAAAGGGAAGCUGAAGGGAAAGUAAGCCAAAGGCUGGGAAACCCUGAGCCAGAGCUGGCACGAGGAAAACCUAUGCAUUUUCCGUGGAUUAUCAUAAUCUAGUUCAAUGUUUAAAGAGAAUAAACAAGAGUCGAUGUAAUACUAAUUAAUAUUUGUGUGAUUCGUUAUGAUUUUGUUGGCCAGUGAUCGAUGUCCGCAGCGAUCGAUACUUCGUAUUCGAAAUAGGGAUUCGAUACCGAUAAAAACUAAUAAAUACCGAUAUAACAUUUCAAAUGAGUAACUAGAAAACAAUCCAUUUAAAAUUGCUGUAAACUGAUAUUUGUUGCGCCCUUUUCGCUUAUCGAUGACUGUUUUGACAUAUUUUUGAAGUAUCUAAACGUGAUUUGUUCUCGAAUUGAGUGUAGAGAAUCGUUGAGUAAUCGUUAACUUGUAAUCAGACCAGCGGCUACCGAUCACUGCUGACAGAUCGUCGACGGCACACCCAUAGCUAAGCUUUCAUACACCCACUCUCUCAUUACGAAAUAAGACUUACUAGCUAUAAAUAUGCUUCGGAUCCGAACACCAACACGAGCCCCCCGCGGGGAGAGCUCUUCCAUUGAACCUCCCCCUUUCCCUUUAUGGAAUCUCUUACUGCCAAUAAGCCCACACACACACACAUAUACACCAUUCUGUAGGCCGAUUGAAAUCGAUUGAAAUCUGCUGUAAAUAAUUGCCAUUCAAGAGAGUUACCCAAGAGUACUUCAAAGCAACACUCAUCCGAUUACUUCAUUUUCAAAUAAUGCUCUCAGUUGCUUUGCACAUUUAUCGGUUUUAGGUAUUGGCUAUGGAUAAGCACUCGUACUCGCACGAGCAUGUAUUGUAUGUAUAGCCGGUAAGCCGAUAAGCCACGCGUGGGGCAACAUUUAAUUCCACUCGUCCAGCACUCGAACAUUAUGGGGAAACGAAACGCCUUGUUUAUGACGGACCCAAUUGCCGGAGAGACUCGUUUAAUUGUACAUAAUUAGUUUUGGAUAAAACCGAAAGGGAUGGUAGCAAGCAAAACCUUAAAUAAUAAAUGCAAAAAUAAGAGAAGAACUUUAAAAUUAAAUGCAAUGGAUAAUUGUGUGUAUCGCUUGAUAAUUAUCAAUUAUAAUUGAUACGAAAGCGAACACGGUGCGAGUGGACAGUGCAGGGGAAGUGUAAAUAAGUUGAUUAGUAGAAAAAAACGUAAUUUUAAUUAACUGUUAACCGAAUAACACGAGUACGAUUCGAUUAGUCUAUAAGCGGCACAUCAGUGAAUCCAAAUUUUCAUACACCGCCACACACACAUAAAACAUAACUUUAUUAUCCAGAGAACCAGAAAAUUCAGUGAAAAACACACACACACACACACACAGCUCACAUAGUGCGAGAAAAGAGUGUUGGCUAAACCACAUACAAAUUGUAUAUAGAAUGAAUGGAUGUUGCAUUAUCAGAGCUGGCAUUGAACUUAUCCAAACAAAGACGCGGACUCCACACCCAAGGGUGCCGCUGCCGUAGAUGUUUAGGCUAAGGUCUGUCCCCUGAGUGCAAACAAUAACGAAAACCUAGCAAAAUACGAGAUGCAUUGCAACUAUAUAAGUACAUACAUAUAUCUACAUAUAAACCAGGUACUCUAUAUACCCGUACAUACCGUACAUGUGUACUUGUCUGUGUGUAUCUACAUAUUCAUCAACAGAUAGGAAUCUAAAACACAGCCACACAACCAACCACAA